GGACCCGGGGAUGCCCUCGGAAAGGAUGAGGAGGCAGAGGAGGACGUUGGUCCGGUACGGGCUCUAUGCGUUUGGGGUCCCGGCGUGCAUCGUCGCGAUGGCGUGCGUCGAGAAAUUCGCUCGUGGCGGGGUCGGGGCGGGGUCGGGGACCGAUCGGCGAUGCGGGCCAGAUGAUCAUCGGAUCAUCUUGUUCUUCUAUGGGCCGAUCGCCUUGUUUCUCGCGGCCAACGUCGUCUUCUUUGCCCUCACGAGUCGUCACUUGUUCCAGCACGUCAGAGACAGGGCUCAACUGGCGCACUGCCGGCAACCCGAAUUCUGCAGCCGGAAUCGGAAGAAGUAUGUUCCGGAAAUCGUU